GGAAUAUAGACACCUUGACCUAAACUUGUACCCUUUAUACGUGACUUAAAAUGUGACUAAUGACAUGACUGAUGUAGGCUUCACCAGGGGUCUCCCCGGCCAUGGGACACAAUGCACUGACUGUACAAACAGCAAGUUUGACAAGCGACUCCAAGGCACAAUCUCUAAAACAAUAGAAACUAUAACACUAACAUAUACAUAUACAUAUGUGUUGUUUCUUUAGAUUUUUGAUAAACACCGGUAUUUGCGAUCUGGGAACAAACUCGCGCCCAAAGACAGUGUAAGCCAUACAUAUAGAGGUUCAACUCCAAAGUAAUGCAUCGCAGCCGGCGGCGCAACACAACGCAAACGCCAGCUGUGCCAGGUGACAACAUACAUAGUAGCAAGCAUAUCCACACAGUUGCAUAUAAAUAUAUAAUCAAUCAACGGUAAACACUCACUGUAACUGCAACAUCAUCAACUAUCCGGCAGCUCUCUACAACUAGAAUCCUUCUUCUUCGCACAUACAGGCAAACAUCGUUAAUAUGACAAACUUUGGGGAUCUCAAAAAGUAUGGCUUACCAGCCAGAAAGCCAUGGGAUGGAAAUAUCAAGACGAAAGUGGUAACCCUCAUUCCCGAUCAAUUCGCCAUUCCAGAAGAUAAAGACGAGUGGACGUUAGAAAAGCUGGAGCAAGUUUGUGUAUAUAUUGGCAUCGAUUGGAAGAAGCGCAGCAGGCCUCUGGUGAUUACUUCUGUGUUUGACGAUUUCGUAAGAGCUUGCCGGCUGUGGACGUACCAGGAUAUCACACUGUUCAACAAACUUUCUGACAAGCUAAGACUGGGUUGCAACAGACCAACAAUACCCAAUCAUCCGAUUCGACGCCAACACUGGGGUAGAAAUAUCGAAAUUGUGCAUGCGUUUCUGCUGAUGCGUCUGUUUGGAUGUCCGCCCAGUAGCAGAUAUAUGCGAGAGGCGGCAAGCUGUAUCAGACGUAUACCAGCUCGCUGGCAUAGACAAAACAGAGAAGCCAGAGAGUUGAUGAGAACAACGACCUCAAUAAACAAUGAGUUGGAUCACGAUCAGGACGAGCAGGUUGUCUAUGAACCGGCUAGCGAACGAAUACAGCCAAUCCAAAAAACGCCAAUUGAAGGGCAAACAUAUCAUUUCAAAGAAAUAUUUGAUGAGCUGGCAAAAGGGAUGGCACCAGAGCUUAUAAGGCAAGGCUACUCACAGGAUUACGUCGUUGCCGUCAUUACCAACGAGGUAUGCAACUGGAUAGCGAUGGAAGAGCGACGGCAGUGCCAUGAAAAGUUUCAACGACUCCUAUCGUCAAUGCAAACAUUUCACGAUGAUUUCCAUGCUGUUACUGGUAUGCAGAUCCAGAUGAAUACAGACGGAAGCGGUAUUGGAAAUGAGGAAGAGAAACCCCCGCCAGCGGAGCAAAUAUCUGAGGACGAAGCUCCACCAUUGGACUAG